AUGCGGUGGAUAAGUGGAUGGGUCUUAUGUACGUUGUUAAUAAACGUACAAUCUCAAAGGGCUCAACAAGAUCGACGAGUGUAUGCUCAAGUGGUACGUUUAGUACCUGGGAAUCCAGGCGUUGCCGAUGCACUAGUUACAUGGACCUCCUUUGACAAUAUGUUCGAAGCCAAUGGAGGUGAUUCAUUGACUGGUUUAACUAUUCAGCCUGGUACUCAAAUGACCUCACAAUCUCCCAAGCAACGCGUUUAUACUCGAGCAGACGCUGGAGAGACAAUCAACAAUGGUGCAUUUCGACUUAUGCUAAACGGUAUCGUGACGCCCUGGAUUCCAUUUGAUGCUACUGUAGACAUAAUGAAGUUAGCACUUGAGUCUUUAGAACAAAUUCUAGCAGUGCAAGUCUUGCGGCAUGAAUUGGAUACACCGGGAUCGUUCGAAUGGAUCAUUAUAUUCGAACAUGUAAGAUAUAAUAGCGAAGAGCCUUUACCAUUACUUAAAUUAUAUACCGAGACAAUGACUGCACAAUGGACUGGUAGUGGAGAUCAAGUUGCAAUCGAAUAUUUGCGAAAGUCGCCGAGUUUUCCAGAAAAAAAUCGUCGUAUGUGUUCAGAUGUGUGUAAUCUUGAGGUGAGUGAAUUGCAAACUGGAACAACGUUGUCAUUCCGUGUCCGAGCACUAUUUUCAUACGAUAUCGGAUGGACCGCAUGGAGUACAAGUACCAAGGUACUGAAGAUUCCAGCCACGCGACUACCGCGCGCACCUUCGGCUCCGACAUUACUGGCCGCAUCAUCGACCCAAUUGACGAUUUCGUGGCGAAUGUUUCGCGAUGUAAAUAUCGACAACGACGUCUUAACCACUCGGUUGUUCCCUGUAACAAAUUUUCAAGUUCAGCAACAGUGUGACAGCGAAAUUGGUUGGACUAAUAUUAGCGAGCGUGUGAAACCUCAUUUUCGCGACAGUAGUGCUACAUUUUCAACUGUCGCUGCAUCUUUAAGGCGUGCGCCAGGAUCAACGUGUGUUUUUCGUGUCGCUGCAAUAAAUGAUAAUGGCAUCGGGCCAUACAGUAUGUCGUCAACACCGUUUACAACGCUGCGAACAGCCCCGGGCGCUGUUUUAAACUUACGUCUAUUACGAAAUCCUUUAAUCGUUGUGUGGGAGGCACCAAAUGAUUUAGGAGGUCACCCAGUAGAAAUUUUGGCGUAUGACGUGGAAUACCGCACAACACUUAGCUCUACGUGGAUUCGACUAGCACCAGAAUUCGUCGAUUCGAUCCAAAACGUUGCAAACGUCUCAAAAGUAUCAUUGAUUGGGUAUACCAUGUACGUCGUUCGCGUUCGAGCUAUCGCUGAGCAUCAAGCUGGUCCUUUUACGCAGCCUGUAAAGUUCUUAACUGAUUAUACAAUAAACGAGAUAAUAAGCAGUUCAAGUAUCAACAACACCAUUGGAAUACGAUACAAGGUGCUUCCUGCGAUUCGUCAGCAGAGCGCAAAUAAUCAAGACCAGUACUACAUUCACUUGACUGGGAAUGGAGGAAUGGGAGGUUCUCAAGCACAUGAUGGGGAUCACGGGCUUGUUCUCGUCUUUCCAGUCACAUGGACUGGUGAACGACUAGCUGAACGUUCGUUUUUCUUUUCAGGUGGGAUUCAAACGUAUAAAGUCCAAAGUGAAGCACAGUACGUGACAUAUCGAAUUAUUGCUCUCGAUAUCUAUGCUUGGGGUGCUGGUGGCGCCGGUUCAAGGUCGCUGAAUCGUGUUUCAAGUGACUUGAGCAAUGGUGGCGGUGGUGCCUUUGUACGUGGACUCUUUCGUGUUGAUGCUGGUGAUGUUGUUGAUAUCAUUGUGGGUGGAGGAGGUCACGAAGACGGACGAGGAGGAUUUCAUGGAGGAGGAAGUGGAGGAACAGGUGAUAUUUCAGGAGGAGGGGGUGGUGGAGCCUCUGAAGUGCGAAUUAGAGGACGUACAAUUCUUGUAGCUGCAGGGGGGGGCGGUGCUGGUUCAACAGAUUAUUGUUGUGCUCACGGCGGUGGAGGAGGUGAUUUGAACGAAGCAGAAUCCGGUCAUCACCCUGAUGCUAGCACGAUACCAUUUAACAAUGAGAUGACUGAUCAAAGAGGUCGAGAUGAGUAUCGUGCCUUGAAUGUAGCAGGAGAUAAUCAAGAUUUGGCAAAGCUUUCAGCAAGACAUCAACAUCUUGAUUGGGGCUUUGCAGCAAGCUCUGCUAAUUAUUCUGUCUUAGCAACUGGUGGAAAAGGAGCCACUCUUACAGCUGCAGGUGUUGCUGGAUCUGGUGGAUCGUUUGUAUACUCACUGGAAGGAAAGUGCUAUAUCAAUCCGAAGACAUCGCUUAUGGAAAUUCUAGUAUCGCCUUUAUCAGCAGCACGUUGGCCGUCAAAUGGUCAACGUGCUCGAGGAGGUAGUGGCCAAAGCGGAAAACAAGCAGGUGGAGGAGGAGGUGGAGGUUUUUUUGGAGGAGGUGGUGGUGGCGCUGGAAUUGAUGGAGCUGGUGGUGGAGGAGGUAGUAGCUUUAUCUCGUUUAAAAAUCUCUUUAACACUUCGAAAAGUGGGCUUAGUGAUGCAAGUUUACAACCACAAGAUGCUGAAGAAGGAGUUCGACAAUUUCGUGUGUCACCUCUAACGUCUACAAGCAUCAUUUUGAGCUGGAAAGCACCUCGCUAUGGCUUUUCACAGCGUGUAGAUGGAUUUGUGAUUGAAAUGGCCAAUGGCUCUGUCAAUGAAGACUUUCGCACAGUUCGUUUGAUUACUUUACCUCAUCCUAGCUUCAAAGAAGAUAUAGGAAAUGUCACUAUUCAUGGCCUAACUCCGAUGGCUUCGUACCGUUUUCAAUUAAAAAGUUUGCUACUCAAUGGACAUGAUACUUACAGUGAUGUAAUUACCGUUCGUAUGCCUUCAAAACCUACGAAUAGAUGGCAACGAUGUAAAUCGCGCAGUCCAGACAAAGAAACGUCAAGAGCUGAAAUACGUUCAUCUCCAUUACUUCGAUUUCCUUCUGCAAGACGAGGUCAUUCACUCACAUAUAUGGAAAAUUCUCUUUAUCUUUUUGGUGGAAUGGCAAAGAGUUACGAAUGCAAUCAAGCACACAAAGUACCAUGUUUACUGCAACAACCAGAAGGAGUUUCAAAUGAGCUUUGGCGGUAUGAUCUGGUCACUGAAACAUGGACUUUAGUACCUCAAUCGGAAUUAGUACCACCUCCAAGAGAAAAGCAUUCGAUGGCAGUAGUAAAAGAUCGUUUCUUACUAUUUGGAGGACGACAGAAUGAUGCCCAAGACACCAACAAUACUUUGUUCCAUGGACCUCGAGCAUUAAACGAUCUAUGGGAGUUAUCAAUCUCGUCCACUACAGCAAAAGAGACUGCAGUUUCCUUCGAUUCUUUUCCGCUUACAGAGAUUUCUAUUCCAGAUGGAAUGGAAGUCACAGCUCCUGGAAGUCUGAAUGCCAGCACGAGUGGUGAGCAACUUUGUAUUGCAAAUAUGUCAGUGACUGUAAAGUUAACACACACUUGUCCACACACCUUACGAUUACAAUUAUUUGGACCAAGAUCGACAACUUUUUCCAGACAGCAAGCGAAUUUUCAAGAUUCUAUCAGCUCGCAGACUCGAGAGUCAAUAUGGAGUGAGAAGGAAGGACUGAAAUAUACUCAAAGGGACAUAAGAACGACUGGUACAGUCUUUAGCUCUAGAGCGUUUCCUGUUCUACUUCGUAGCCCUGAACAAGCAGCUGAACACCUUCCAUGUAUUCCAAAAACUGAAACUUUGCACUUUGUGUCGAUUCCUGAUCGUUUACCAACGUCAAUUUUGCCACUUGAAACACUCUCAGUGUUUCAUCAGCUUCCAGUUGCUGGAAACUGGACACUGUUAGUGACUGACACUGUAGCUGAUGGUUUCGUUGGAAGUUUAAACUCCUUUGAUGUACAAUUCGAUGUUACACCUUGUGUUCCUACUUUUACAUGGACAAAUCUAUCACUUAUUGCCACAGGAAAUGUUCCAACUGCGCGUUAUCAACACUCAGUUGUCGUGUUUGAGAACAGUAUGUUUGUCUUUGGAGGAAUUGCGGAUGAUACUGGAUUGGAACUAAAUGAUUUAUAUCGCUUUGAUUAUACUCCGAGUUCAGCUUUUGGAGUUCCUUUGACUGCUAAAUGGACACAAUUGGGAUCACUUACCGAUCGUGAAAGCCCAAGUAUUGGUGAAAGGAGAUAUCAUACAGGACGUACGAUAUUACUUACCCCGUAUGAAAUAAUUAAUGUAGGUAGUGGACUGAAAUCACCUCGAUCGAUGUUAUUGAAUCCAGACAAAAAUUCUCGGUUUGAACCUCAAGUUAAGGCUCGCUGGAAACGCUUGGAAGACAUGAUUGAUGGAUGGCGAAUUCUUCCGACAACAUCUCAAGAUGACAUGGACGAAAACCGUCCGGUUCCAAGAUAUUGGGACUCGAGUGUAUUUGUUUAUUCAUUACCAGGUAAUAUUUAUGUCUUUGGAGGCCAAGAUGAUACAACACUAUUGAAUGAUCUAUGGAGGUUAGAACUUGCCCAACUGGAUGAGGAAUUUUCAAAAGACAAGUUGAAAAAUUAUCGAUUGGGUGUGUGUGCAUGGCGACAAAGAAGUUUUAAAUACAAGACACAAUGGAGUAAAUCUUGUGGAGCAAAUAGUAUUGCGACUGCAGUGAAGAAAUGCACUUUGGAAAUGUUAUUAUUGUACGCAUGGUGCGAAGAAAAUUACCAGUCAAUACUGCUGUAA